AUGUCUCUGGCGGUUCUUUCGGACGAGGAUAUCCGCAGCCUUCUCGAGUCGUUGACUCGCGAAGACGCCGAAUCACUCGCGCACUCGCUGAAAUGCGCACUUCACGAGUACUCGACGGGUACACAGUCGAUCGAGGCCGGCCUGAUCCACCAGCCGGACAGGACCACUAUCCACUCCAAUACUACGAAUGCGACGACCAUGUUCAUGCCCUCGUUCAUGACGGCUUCUUCGCCAGACACGGACCCAUCCCAACCAAGAAUAAAACCCACCGGUUCUUUAACCCUGUAUUCUCCGCUGGGCACACCGAUUGGCUUUCUUCAUGCCCAGACUUUGACGGCCUUUCGAACUGCACUCGCUUCGUCAUGCCUACUGCAGAAGCGCCAACAUGUACGAACUCUUACCGUCUUUGGCUCCGGUCUACAGGCGUACUGGCACAUUCGACUGGCGCUGAUGCUGAGGGGGCCCACGAUCCGGACCAUCAAUGUCAUCAAUCGCCGCUUUAGUGAGAAUGCCAGGCACAUUCUACAAAAGUUUUAUGCGGUCCCCCCAGAAGUCAAGCAGAGGGAGGGUUGGGAGAAUGCCCAAUUCAGUGUUCUGACGCCGGGAUACGGAGAGUUUAAUCGUCUGCUCAAGGACCAUGUCAGGUCAGCCGACGUUAUAUACUGCACUACGCCCAGUAUGGAUCCGCUGUUUGAGGCCAGUAUACUCACCAGCCACGAGGGUAGACGGCGAGGAAGGCUGAUUGUGGCCAUUGGCAGCUUUACGCCCGAGAUGCGGGAGCUACCGCGAGAAUUGCUUGAACAGGCAGUCAAGACUCACGGUCACGGAGUGCAUCUCCACAAACAUGCUGUCGAAGGCGGCGUCAUUAUUGUUGACACGCUGGAUGGGGCUCUGAGGGAUGCCGGUGAAGUCAUUGAGGCGCGUCUAGAGCCAAAUCAGCUUGUCGAACUUGGCGAACUGGCCAUGAUUCACAAGGCUCGCAUGGUAGAAGAGGAGGAAUCCAUUGCUUCAGAAUCUACGCGUGGCUCAACCGACAUGUCUUCGGAUCUCGAUGCUCUUUCACUAGGUACCACUGGAAGCUCUGCCAUGUCGACCGUUUACGGAUCGACGAAUUCCAAAGAAGAGGGCUCUUCCAACCGGUCCUCGUCGAGACCUUCCAGUCCGUCCCGCUCGCAGAGCGGCAGCUUUUUCCACAAGAGGCGGAAUUCCAGCCAAGCAUCGGUCGACGCUGCCAAGCAAAAGCGCGACGAUCAUUUGGCCAGGUGGCUCACGGCGGGCAAUGUGAUUUACAAGAGUGUCGGACUUGGUUUGAUGGAUCUUGUGGUGGGAAUGGACAUUAUCAAGCUGGCCAAGGAUCGAGGUGUAGGGGGCCAUUUGGAGAAUUUCUCAUAG